CAAUCACCGCCUGGCGUGGACCGGCCACUGGCCGCUGUUCCCUCUGCCACAUGCCUACACUGGCCUCGAUUCUGUCUUCGAUACACCAACCUCGCCUUCACGAUAAUCCUUCUAAGCCCUACCUGCUUUCCCCGUCUGCCACUUUUCCUUUUUCUCUCCAUCGUCCCGAACACGUAGCCUCAAUCACACCGCUCCCCCGCUCUCCCGCUUGCCCCCCGCGCGCCUAGCUAGCGAUCCCACGCAGCCCUCCAUCCAAGAACACUCGUUCCUUUUCUAGGGCCCACGCCUCCACCGCCUCCGGGGAUAAAUACUUUCUUUUUCUUACUAUUAGUUCGUCCCUUCCCUGAUUCCACAGAUAUCAUCUACCAGCAUGGAACAUUUCCUUCCUCAUUCUUGACAUCGCUUAGAUGCGACUAAUUGCCCUGACACACGCGGGGGCCAUUGAUACUUAUUGUCCCGCAGCCAGCCCGGAGACUUUUCCUUUUACCACCACCUGUGCCUUCGCUGCCUACUUGCACUACAUCGUGCACCUCCCCAGCCGCCUUCUUGUGCUCCAUCCACAUGCACAAUCGUUUACUCCUGCCUCAGGAACCGAUAGUCCACGUCAAGCCCUACAUUGCCGCCAUCCUCAAACACGGCCGAGACAUCCCCAGACACGAAACCGGCGCCAAGCCCGCAUCAAGCUUGCUCAAGCAUUUUCUUCGCCAAACAUGUUCCAUUUCUGAGCCACAUUCUUAUGGAGAUUGCGAUCGGUUGACUAGCAAUUCUCAUGCAUCCUGACAUCUGCAAUAACGCUGCCAAGCUGGAAUUCAAUUGGGAACCGCAUUUCAUCUUCUCCGUCCCUACAUCGUCAUGAAGCGCGACAGAACCAACCACUUAUGAAGGCUAAACCAUUUCACGUACAUUCUGACCCAGGAUAUGGCAUACCCUCAAAUCAGAUCAAACACCACGCUGCCGUGUACCGUGUUUCAUGGUAUAAUACCCCAUCUCGGGAUACAAUUGCAGCCGGUUCAUAUGCACCUUGUUUUCGGAGCUGCCUUACCCAUGAGACCUCAUGCAAUGGGCCGCCCUGGAAAUUUUGCCGUCUUUCCACAUAACUACUUAUCUCUGCCCUUUCUCUUCGUCCAUUUUAAUCAUCCCAUCUAUCUUUCUUGUUUGUGCUGGCCACUCGUUUUACUGUCAUUCCUUGAGCCAAUCUUAAUCCUUGAUUUAACUGCGAGAUACCCUAAAAGUUGCAAAUCAUCCCAUUACAAUGUAUACAUCCGCCAUCAUCACUUCGGCUCUCUUCGCCGCCACUGCGCUUGCCCACGGCAACAUCACUAGCCCGCCAGCCCGCCAGCCCGGCCCUGUUAUGCAGCAGGUUUGCGGCGCAUCAGCCGUUUCUGCAAUCCUCGCGGAUGGGACUGGUCCUCUCGAGAACAUUCCCAGUAACGGCGCUGCGGAUUGCAACAUCUUUCUUUGCAAAGGAGCGCAGUUUGAAGACAACGUCAACAAUGUUCAAAGUUUUGCCCCUGGCGAGAAAGUUGCCUUCAAGGCUCAACUUCCCAUCCCUCAUGAAGGCCCGGCCAACGUCUCCAUCAUCGACACUGCUACCAAUACUGCGGUUGGCCAGCCAUUGCUUGUAUUCGACUCGUAUGCCGACGAAAAUUUGGCGAAAUUGCCUGCCAACAAUACGGCUUUCAGUGUGACCAUGCCGACCAACCUUGGAGCUGCUUGCCAGACUCCGGGAGAGUGCACUAUGCAAUGGUUCUGGUUCGGCACAUCUGCCCAGCAAACCUACGAGAACUGUGUCGACUUCGCCAUGUCUGCUUAAGACGGGGAGAAUUGUUAUAUAUUUCUGCAUAUCGGUGACCGUACUUUCUGGUAUGCUGAGCUGUGUAUCGAUUCGAUGCCGGGUUGUGAUAAAAGCUUCAAUUAUGCCCUUGCCGACGCAUAUUCGAGUAAUUUCAUUGUUUGCCCGGGGAAAGAUCUCUUGUCCAGUCGCUACACUUCCAGAUAUAUUCUCCCUUCAGGAUACGUACUGUAUUUCGUUUAAUUGUCUUGUACAUAAUCAUUUUGAGGAUGACUCGAGUUUUCACGGCGAGAGGUUAUAACAAUCCGCGCCGAACAUUU